CCACAUUGCUCGGCUGCCACACAACUGCUGCCACACAACUGACGAAGACAAUCUGAGCAUUGACCAAGUUUAGUUGAGCCCGACCGGUUCAAUUUCUCGCAACAAGCGACCUCAGAGCCGAAGCUCGAAAGCCAGACGACACCCAUUCCCUCAAUCCGCCCCAUCAGACACUUUUCCCCUCGUAUCGCCAUGUUGUCCCGACAAGCCUUCCGCGCCAUUCGAGCUGCAGCUCCCCAGCGGACGUUUGCCCGGGCCUCGGUGCGCAACUACGCCGCCGCUGCGACACAGGAUGUGAAGCCCCCGAUCGCCGUCUACGGCCUUGAUGGCACCUACGCCAGUGCUCUGUACACGGCCGCGGCCAAGUCCGCAUCCCUUGACCCUACUGCGAAGGCCCUCAGUGCUCUCGGUGAUCUCGUCGCCAAAGAUGUGAAGCUGGACAAGAUUCUGAGUACCCCAACCCUCUCGGAGGGUGACAAGACCGCCAUCGUUGCCGAGCUCCAGAAGUCAAUGGGAGCAGCUGCAAACAAUGAGACUGUCAAGAACUUCCUGGCUACCCUGGCUGCCAACAACCGUUUGAGCAUCCUGAAGGGCGUCUGCGAGAAGUUCACUGAGCUGAUAAAUGCUUCUCGUGGUGAGGUCGAGAUGGUUGUUACCAGUGCCACGCAAUUGGACAACAAGACUCUCAACCGCCUCGAGAACGCUGUUGCCAAGUCGCAGUUCGUUGGCCAGGGCAAGAAGCUUAAGGUUACCAACACAGUGAACACGGACAUUGUUGGCGGACUCGUUGUUGAGAUCGGUGACCGAACUAUCGACCUGUCUGUUUCCUCCAAAAUCGCCAAGAUGAACAAGCUUCUCACCGACACCCUGUAAACAUAAUUUCUUGACUGUUCCGGUGUGGAGGGUUUGGAGAGACGUUUGCGGAGGGUAAUCUGUUAUCAUCGCAGCAAGAUGCCCUUGUGUACAGGAGUUAA